AUGGACGGCAAUUACAACAAUUAUAGCUCAUUCGGCGGCGGCGGCGGUGGAGGAUUCAUGCCAGGCGAGACGAACAGUCCCGCCGGAGGCAAGACCUUUGACCGGGACAACAAAACCCUUCGUCCCGUGACAGUGAAGCAAGUCCUCGACGCCUCGCAGCCCUUCCCCGAAGCCCCAUUCCAAGUCGACGGCGCCGACGUCGCCAAUGUCCUCUUUAUGGGCCAAGUACGGAACAUCAGCUCACAGAGCACAAACGUGACAUACAAGAUUGACGACGGCACUGGCGAAAUCGAAGUCAAGAAAUGGGUUGACUCAACCACCGCAGACAGCAUGGACACCGACGAUGGCAAGGCGCCCGGCGAUGGGAAGAGUGAGCUCGAGCUCAACGGUUAUGCACGGGUCUUUGGCUCCAUCAAGUCCUUUGGCAACAAGCGGUACAUUGGUGCUCACUCUGUCCGGCCCUUGUCGAAUAUCAAUGAGCUGCAUACUCAUCUGCUCGAGGCUACUGCUGUGCAUUUGUUCUUCACUCGCGGCCCGCCCGGUGGCGCUGCUCCUGGCGGUGAUGCUGGCGGUGAUGCUGUUAUGGGUGGUUCGGAUGACUACGGUUCCGGACAAAACAAGGCUCUUGCCUCGAUGUCGGUUGUUGCGAAGAAGAUCUAUAACCUGCUCAAGACUGAGCCUCAGGAUGAUACGGGUCUACACAUGCAGGUCAUCGCUUCUAAAUUGAACAUGCCUGCGACUGAGGUGGCCAGGGCCGGUGAGGAGUUGCUUGGUGCUGGUGUGAUCUUCUCCACCAUGGAUGAGCAGACUUGGGCUAUUCUAGAGUACUAG